CGGCCUCAUUCUAAAAAUAGCUCCACCCGUGCCGCGCACGCACGCUCUUGCGCACGCCUGUGACAGAAUCAGCUGUUUAGUCCCUAGACCCGAACUCUUUGUCGAGCAGAACGGACCACAAAUCUUCGAUGGAGCAAACCCUGUCUAUUUCAACCUCAAGAAUACCAGUACCAGCAAGAUGGAGGUGCACUUUUCCAAGUUUCACGGUGCUGGAAAUGACUUUAUCGCUAUUGACAAUAGAGACAGGUCAUUGAACCUUACUGUGAAACAAAGGAAGGAUUUAUGUCACCGAAAAUUCGGACUCGGAGCAGACGGUGUCCUUGAACUCCAGACAAGUGAGACCGCGGACUUCAAACUCGUCUACCACAAAGCAAAUGGAGCAGUUGGAACACUGUGCGGAAACGGAAGUCGAUGCGCUAUGGCGUUCGCGAGGUAUGUAGGGGUUCGCUUCGGAGACGAGAAGAGAAUCUCGUUCGAGGCUUACGACGGUGUGUACUACGGAGCCGUGAAAGAAGGGGGCUCGUCAGCCGGAAGUUGUGGGGAGUACACGCUAUGUCUCAAGGACAUACCCCUGAGCUCGGUGAGAAAGUACGCCAACGCAGACUACUUCAUGGACAACGGUUCACCCCACCACGUCAUCUUCACGGACGGAGAUCUGGAAAACGUCGACGUGUUCACGAUCGGCAGCAACCUGAGGUAUAAUGUCUACGACAGUAUCGGCGGGUGCAACAUCAACUUCGCCACGACGAGUAAGGGGGAAGACAAGAACUCGUCCCUUCCCCUUGCUCAAGAGAAUGAUAACAAAGCGGCGUCCGAUCUGGAAAACCUGACGUUGGACGCACUUAACCGACAGGAGGAGAACAAAAAGAGCGCGAAAGUUCUUCACAAAAGUCUCAUGUCCCGCACGUAUGAGCGAGGCGUGGAGGGCGAGACUCUGGCCUGCGGGACGGGGUCGGUCGCCGUCGCCAUCGCCGACUUCGUGAGGUGCGCGGAAAAGAGCCCGCCGUCCAAGCUCAUCUACGACGCCAUGAGACUUCUCAAGGAGACCAAGACCUGCGACCUGGACGGCUCCAACCUGACCGAAGGGAAGGUCAUCACCAAAGUUCAGAUGCCCGGAGGGCUGCUGACCGUGACCUUUGAUGUCGAGGUUCAGAACAUGCCGGAAAAUGGGCGUCGUCCGGUGGUGCUGACCAACGUCCAGCUAAGCGGUCCGGCCCAGCACGUCUUUGAUGGCGUGUGUCGGCUCAGCACUAUCGCCAGAAACACCACCUAGUAGGAAAGUAGUAGUCUAUCAAAUCUGGCCGGCUGUCGAUGAAUGGAAAUCUUUUGGGUUUUUGUUUGUUUUGAAAUUCUCCUUUUAGGGGAGUGAAAGUUCCUGAUCUGAGUUUUAUUCAGGCUAGGAUUUUCUUCAUAGUUUACAUUAUCAUUCUAAAAAAGAUUUCUGCUUCACAUAUUUUGAUUUUUACUCAGUUGAAAAGAUUCAAACGCAACAUGAUGUUGUUGGGUUUUUUUUUUUCAAGAGAAAGGAUUUAAACUUAACAUUUAUAUUUUUCUCAUAAGAAAAGAUGUACACUUAACGUAUUAUGAUUUUCCUCAAAGGAAAUAUUAACACUUAUAUUAAUUAUUUCUAUUUUUCUCAAAAGGCACCUAUUUAAUUUCUACAUUGUCUUUUUCCCCUUUAAAACUAUGAUAAAGCGGGACGUAGAGAUCAUUUCUAUUCUUUCUGCGGUUUCCUUUGUUGAAGUUAAUUCCAAAAUAAACUUGGGUGAGACAAUUCCUGCUUCUGCAGAGCAAAACAAUUUGUUACCUGACACCAAAGACUGAAGAAGAAUAUUUUUAUGUAAUUUCAUCAACUUCUUGAAUCAUUAUUUUUGUUUACUCAUGUGAUUUCUUCGAUUAAGUUUUUCUCUAUAUAUUAUAUUUAUUAAAGAUAUGUUAUAUUUUCUAAAAA